AUGUUCACCCGCUACCUGGAGAGCUUCGCAGUGGCCAGUGGCACCGGUGCCAAAGUAGUCGACUGCCUACGUACAGCCUGUACUCAUUGGGGUACGCCACAAGCCAUCGUUUGUGACAAUGGAACUGAAUUCCUCAAUAAAGACGUAAAAUCUUUCACCUCUGAAAAGAAAAUCACCCUGAUUACCACCCCGAUUUGCCACCCGCAAGCCAACCCAGUAGAAAGAAUAAAUAGAAACUUGAAGACCCUCUUAGCCGCAUUUGUCGGCUCAGAUCAACGAGACUGGGACGCGAACCUCCGGGAAUUGCAAUUCGCGUACAAUACGUCUAUCCACUCAUCGUUGGGAGUUUCCCCCGCGUAUUUAAAUCAUGGGAGGGAGUUGUUAGCCGAUGGCACUCGACGCCUAGAGACCGGCCCCGAGACAGUAUCCGAACAAAUUGAACGAGCCGGGAAGCUCAUGGAGCUGAGGCAUCUUGAAGAGAACCACAUGGUCCGGGCCACAGACUCGCAAGCGAAACACUAUAAUAGAAACCGAGAAACCGCGUGGCGACAAUUCGAGGUCGGGGAUCUUGUAUAUUUUCCGAACCGACAAUUGAGCAGGAAAGUCGACUCCUACAGCUCAAAAUUGGCCCCUCGUUAA